GUCGGCAGCGUGCCCGCUUCCAAGAUGGCGGCGGCCGUGUCGGGCGCGCUUGGUCGGGUGGGCUGGAGGCUCCUGCAGCUGCGGGGCAUGCCCGUGUCCCGCUGCCGACCAGCCUUGGUGCCACGUGCCUUCCAUGCUGCGGCGAUGCAGCUGAGGUCUUCAGAUGAGCAGAAGCAGCAGCCUCCCCCGUCUUCCCAACAACAUUCUGAGACACAGCAGUCAGAAGAACCCAGUCCAGAGUCUUCUCGUUCACCCCCCAGGUACACAGACCAGGGCGGCGAGGAGGAGGAGGACUAUGAGAGCGAGGAACAGCUGCAGCACCGCAUCCUGACAGCAGCCCUGGAGUUCGUGCCUGCCCAUGGGUGGACGGCAGAGGCCAUAGCAGAGGGAGCCCAGUCUCUGGGUCUCUCCAGUGCAGCAGCCAACAUGUUUGGGAACGAUGGCAGUGAGCUGAUACUGCAUUUUGUGACCCAGUGCAACGCUCGGCUCACCCGUGUGCUGGAGGAGGAGCAGAAGCUGGUACAGCUGGGCCAGGCAGAGAAGAGGAAGACAGACCAGUUCCUGAGGCACGCAGUGGAAACCAGACUGAGAAUGCUGAUCCCGUACAUUGAGCACUGGCCCCGGGCCCUCGGCAUCCUCAUGCUCCCUCACAACAUCCCGCCCAGCCUGAACCUGCUCACCAGCAUGGUGGACGACAUGUGGCAUUAUGCUGGGGACCAGUCCACUGACUUGAGCUGGUACACCCGGCGCGCCGUGCUGGCCGGUGUCUACAACGCGACGGAGCUGGUGAUGAUGCAGGACUCCUCCCCGGACUUCGAGGAUACUUGGCGCUUCCUGGAAAACCGGAUUAAUGACGCGAUGAACAUGGGCCAUACUGCCAAACAGGUAAAGUCCACUGGAGAGGCACUGGUGCAGGGACUCAUGGGUGCAGCAGUGACACUCAAGAACUUGACAGGUCUGAACCAGCGCCGGUGAGCAGGAAGCGGGGUAAGCUGGAGUGCCCAGAAGAAAACCCGCAGAUGUAUUUAAAGGGCUUUGAAAUACGAAGUGCCGUCCACAGAGCAGAGUGUUGAUGAGAAAACACUGAAGGACCUGAGUCACUACCACAGCCACCUGGGAACCACGGGGCACUUGAGGAUACAGCUGGAGCCCACGAUUGGGCCACUUCUUCAGUUCCCAAUACAGGCCCGGCCUCCCUGAUGCCUUUCUGCAUUUCACUUGUGUGAUUGAAACAUGAGGCUCUCGUCCAAGCACUCAAGCCACAGAAACCCAGUGCAUCCCUGUCAUGGUCUCACGGGCACCUUGAUCAUGACUUAACCUUCCUAGAAAUGCUCUCUGGGGCUCUCAAGUCAGAGUCAGGGUCUAAAGCCACCACAAGGUGGCAGCUCAUCGCCAGCACAGCGCAGAAAUGUGCACACAGGUGUCCUUGUAGCCUCUUCCCCGGUGUCCCGAGACGCUGCAUCUGGGAACCCCCUCAGAAAGCUGCUUCACCUGGGACGGGCCUGCUGGACAGUGGUGCUCAGCCUGGCCAGAGGUGUGAUCCCAGGCCUGGUGGCGCAUUACACCAGCAUUAUUAGUGAACUUUAUUAUUAGUGAACUUAGAGUCUAUA